CCCAGGCUGGGGCCAUGGCUGACAUGAUUUUUGGCAGUGGUUCGGGCCCCUGGGUUUGCCCCAACGACCGGCAGCUGGCCCUGAGAGCCAAGCUCCAGACGGGCUGGUCAGUGCACACAUUCCAGACUGAGAAGCAGAGGAAGAUGCAGGCUCUGAGCCCCCAGGAGCUUGAGCUCAUCCUGGGAGUGAUCCGCAAGGCAGAGCAGCUGGACGUGGCGGAGCAGCAGCGCGUUGGGCGCCUGGUGGAGAGGCUGGAGAACAUGAGGAGGAACGCCAUGGGGAAUGGCCUCUCGCAGUGCCUGCUCUGUGGGGAGAUGCUGGGGCUGCUGGGCAGCUCCUCUGUCUUCUGCCAGGACUGCAAAAAGAAAGUGUGCACCAAGUGUGGGAUAGAAACUGUUGGAGCCCAGAAACGUCCCCUGUGGCUGUGCAAGAUCUGCAGUGAGCAGAGAGAGGUAUGGAAGAGGUCUGGGGCGUGGUUCUACAAAGGGCUGCCCAAGUACAUCACCCCUCUGAAGAGCAGCAGCAGCAGCAGAGCCCUGGAGCUGCAGGGCCAGCCCUGGCAGGAGCCCGAGAGCGUCGGGAGCAGCCGCUCCUUCACCUGGGCCAGGGGAAAAGGGGUUUCCAGUGACAGCGAGAGCGACUCGGAGCUCAGUUCCUCCAGCCUGGAUGACAAACCCGUCCCCGUGGGAUCAAAAGGCUCCCAAGGGAGAAAGCUCCAGGCAGGAUUGGCCCCCACCAGGGGACCCAGCCCGGCCAGGAGCAGAGCCCUGGAGCCCCCGCAGUGUGCCCAGCAGUGGGGCAGCCACAGCAGCCUGGGCAGUGAGCAGGGGGCCGAGCUCAGCCCCAUGGAGAGUGACCAACCCUCGGGCAGGCGCCACAGCGACACUGGCACCCCUGGCAAACGAGGAACCCACACCAGAACACGGCUCUGAUUCUGAAGGGGGUGAAGAUGGAGCUGCUUUGUCCUGGA